AUCUAAUCCCCCUCAUAUUAUGCUUGAGGUCUAUUCCCAACCAAUAUCCCGCAACGACUAUCGCCAGACCGCCUACAAAAUGACAGUCCUCCUUAACGAAAAGCCUGCCAAUUUCCACGAUGCGGUCGAAUCCUUUACAAAACUUGUUCAACGCUCCCGCAAGACUUCGACACGAUUACUGUGCACAGUGCCAACAUGGGAUCCUUCCGCAGAAGACUGCUGGGACCUGCAAGACUUUCAAGAGUUGCGGUCGAGAUUCCUUGUCUUUGUCCAUGAAGUUAUAACGUCUUUGCGGAAUGCGGGGCUCGUGGCUUCAUAUUCGCUCGCGCCUUCGGGCUCAUCGCGGGGGAUGAUAGUUGCACUCCCCUCGAAUACUGCCGUUAACCAACAAGUGGUUAGCGACUCUUUCUCAAAAAUUGGACUAGGUCCAAGUAAUGGGAUCACCGUAAUGGACACAAAGGCCGGACCCUCGAUCGUUAUUAGCUGACUGAAUUGCUAUAUUGGUGUUAUGUUUGCCUCCCUCCUCGCUCUGAUCUUCGUAGUGGCCUCGAUGGACUUAUUGUAUGUAUUAUUAGACGACCAGCUUUGCAUUUGUACCACUCGAUAAUGGAAUUAAUACCCCCAAGUUUUGUCCAAA